AUGGAAUGGAAAAACACAAAUAAAACAUUGCAAAUCCUCAAAGCAGCCGAGGAAGGUGGCUACGGCAUCAUUGCCACUGUGGUUUACACUUUGGACCAGGUCACUUCCACCAUCAAGGCCGCAGAAAACAAGAACUCGCCCGUUAUGGUGUUGAUGUUCCCGUGGGCGAUCAAGAAUUCCAACGGCGCCCUGGUUAGAGCGGCAGCUGAUUGUGCUCGGCGAGCCAAGGUUCCAGUAGCGGUUCAUCUGGACCAUGCCCAAACCCCGGAAGAGGUCAAAGCAGCUGUGGAGCUGCCGUUUGAUUCUAUCAUGGUGGACAUGUCUCAUUACGAAAAGGAGGAGAACCUUAGACUCACAGCUGAAAUGGUGAAGCUCUGCAAUUCGCAUGAAAUUUCGACUGAAGCAGAACCGGGAAGAAUCGAGGGAACAGAAGACGGUGUAAUGGACACAGCCACCCUGGAGGGCUUGCUAACUACCCCCGAAGAUGCAGUGGAAUUCAUUGAUACAGGUGUUGACAUGCUUGCACCCUCAUUUGGAAAUUUUCACGGAAAUUAUCCACCCGAGGGACCUCAAUUGCGUCUGGAUCUGCUAAAACAGCUUGCGGAAGUGUGCAAGGCCAGAGACGUGAGACUGGUGCUGCAUGGCACAAACGAUUUCACCGAGGAAUUGCUGAAGGAAAAUAUUAAACUCGGAGUGACCAAGUUGAACGUUAAUAGGCUUGUUUUGGACAAACACUUUGAGUAUUUCGAGAAGAAUGCUGACAAAGUGGGACUGACCGAGCUUAUCGAAGUGUCUAAUGAUCUCAUAGUGCAGAGGACUGAACACUGGAUGGAUGUGUGCGGCUCAUCGGGUCGUGCGUGA